AUGGCGGGAGGCGGAGCGGGGAAGGUGUUCCUGUUCCUGCCCAACAUCAUCGGCUAUGCUCGCAUCCUAUUGGCUGCCGUCGCCUUCUCCUUGCUGCCGCGGCAGCCGGGAUUGGCCAUGAGCUGCUACGCCCUCAGCGGCCUAUUGGAUGCCGUCGAUGGUCACGUGGCCAGGCUGCUGGACCAGGGCUCCCGCCUGGGCGCCAUGCUGGACAUGCUCACCGACCGCCUGGCCUCUGCCUGCCUAUUGGUCAACCUGGCCCUGCUCUACCCAAUGGCAGCUCCUCUCUUCCAGCUCAGCCUCGUUGUGGAUCUGGCCUCCCAUUGGCUGCACAUGCACUGUGCGACCCUGCAGGGGGGGCGGAGCCACAAGGCCAUCACGGGGGAGGGGCCUCGAGUCCUGCAGCUUUACUACAGCAACAGGCCCCUCUUGUUCCUGCUGUGUGCUGGCAAUGAGGUCUUCUACUGCUGCCUGAGCCUGCUGGCCACCAGCGAGGGACCUGGUGAGACUGGGGGCACUGGGACGGAACUGGGAGGCAAACUGAGGGAACUGGGAGCGCUGGGAGGGCACUGGGAGCACUGAGAGGGAACUGGGAGCCAGACUGAGGGAACUGAGAGCCAAACUGGGAGCACUGGGAGGGAACUAGGAGCCAAACUGAGG